UUAUUAUUUGUACGUUAUAAAACAUUUAGCGCGUUACAAUUAUAACAAGUGAGUGGUAAUGAAGCUGUUUAAAAUACAACCAAACGCGCACAACAAGCCAAACGCACGCUAGCAGCACACAAACACAACACACUCCGCCUCGUCUCCGUCCCCAGGCGUUGUACACUGCUAGGAACAUAGCCCCAACAUUAGGAGAGAGGUAAUCUCAAUCUCAACACGAGCAAUGGAUGUUGUUUGUGUAAUUGAUACCGUUGUGGGCGAUCAUUUGGAGGAUCGUCUAUGCGCGCUCGAGGAAAUCAAACAGGCCGUCCAAUCGGCAGGUGCCAAUUUUCAGCGUGUCCAGUUCGAAAGAUUGGAUUUUGGUGAGACGAAUGUGCUGGAAACAUUCUAUAAUGCCGAUGUUGCCGUCAUAGAUUUAAGCAUAUUAACACAACAGCGUCCGCUCUCCUAUCAUUAUGGUGUGCGCGAAAGCUUCGGCAUGAAGGAGAACAUUUUAAUCUACAAUGAUCUGGAGUCCAAACAGACGCUCAGCCUUAAGCUCUCUUGUGCCAACUAUUUGUUUCUUAGCUAUAAGCGCAACGCGGAGACAAGUACCUGCAAUCUAACAAACCAGGCAAGCAACAAGGAAACACCCGCCGAAGGACGCGUGACAGCCACAUUACAGUCGCGUCUCAAGCGCAAGUUACAAGAUGUUGAAAUACAAUCAAAGGCGCAUAUGCGCGAAAAGUUUCUCAGUGAUAUGCGAGCGGCGCGCGACGCCUACGCGCCCAGCGAUGAUAAGUUGAAGAGCAUUCUACAUGGGAUGCGCAAACGGCUGGAUGAUCCACAUGUGCUCUCCGGCGAGGUGUUGCACAGUUUUAUGUGCUCGCUGCGGGAUGUGCAGGACUAUGAUGCAAUGGUGCGACUGGUCAAUGAUUUGAAGAAUAUACCAAAUACGCGCAAAUAUGUGGAAACGGGAAACAUGAGUUUCCUGUAUGCCUUCGCGCUGAAUCGACGCAAUCGGCCGGGUGAUCGUGAGAAGGCCUUAGAAUCCUCGCUCAAGGCGCUCGAUAAGAAGGAGAAUCACUUCCCGGACAUGUUGUGCCUGUGCGGACGCAUCUACAAGGAUAUGUUCGUGGAGUCGGACUGUACGGACACGAAGAGCCUGGAGAAUGCCAUUAAAUGGUAUCGUCAGAGUUUCGAGGUGCAGCCAAAUGAAUAUGCGGGCAUCAAUUUGGCCACACUGCUCGUGAUCGAGGGCAAGGAGUUCAGCAACACAGUGGAGCUGCAGCAUAUUGGCAUGACGCUGAACAAUCUGAUUGGAAAGAAGGGCAGCCUAUCGACGCUCAGCGGCUACUGGGAUGUGGCCACGUUCUUUGAGAUUUCCGUUCUGGCCGAGGACUAUGCGAAGGCCAUUCAGGCAGCCGAGUGUAUGUUUAAAUUGAAGCCACCGAUUUGGUCGCUCAAAUCGACCAUUGGUAAUAUAUCGCUGAUACAUCGCUUUCGUCGCAAGCCAGAGGAUCGCCAGCUGCCCAUCGAGGAACAGGCCUUUCAAUUCUGGAUGGACUUCUUUCUGGAGGCAAUCAAUAUUAAAGAGAUUAAUAGCAUACGUUUUCCCAUAUUGAUACUCGAACCCACGAAGAUUUAUAUGCCCAGCUAUGUAACAAUGAAUAUGGAUGCCGAUGAGAAAUCCAUACAAAUCGUAAACAUCUGUUUGGCCCACUCAAAGAAUGAUUGCAAGAAGCUGCAUGAUUUUCUAUUUGUAGCAUCCAAAAUAAAAUCCGUGAGCCUGUACAAACGCGACGAUCUCUGUGCGUAUCUUUAUGUGCAUCACAAUUCGGAUGAUUUUCAAAUCUAUUUUCCGUCCACGGAGUGCCGGCAAAAUUUUUACGAACGCAUACUUGAAAUGACCGCGGAUCAGGAGGUCUUUGUCAAUCUGGAGACUGACCAGGCGCAAAUUGAGUACGAGUACGACUACAAUGAUCAGAACCGCAAGAUUACGCUGGGCAAGGGCACAUAUGGCACUGUGUAUGCGGCGCGGGAUAAACAGACGCAGGUGCGCAUUGCCAUCAAGGAGGUGCCGGAGAAGAACUCGCAGGAUGUGCAGCCGCUGCACGAGGAGAUCAAGCUGCACUCCCAGCUACGUCAUCGCAAUAUUGUACAGUAUUUGGGCUCACGUUCCGAGGAUGGCUUCUUUAAGAUCUUCAUGGAGCAGGUGCCCGGUGGCUCGUUAUCCGAUCUGCUAAAGACCAAAUGGGGUCCACUCAAGGAUAGCGAGUCCACCAUGGCCUUCUACUCCAAGCAGAUACUACAGGGCCUCAAGUACCUACACGAACAGGACAUCGUUCAUCGCGACAUCAAAGGCGACAACGUUCUUGUCAACACGUACAGCGGCGUCGUCAAAAUCUCAGAUUUUGGCACCUCAAAGCGUCUGGCUCGCAUCAAUCCAAUGACAGACACCUUCGCGGGCACACUACAAUACAUGGCGCCGGAGGUGAUAGAUCAGGGCGUGCGUGGCUAUGGACCGCCAGCUGAUAUCUGGUCCUUUGGCUGUACAAAUGUCGAAAUGGCCACUGGAAGUCCGCCGUUUAGUGAAUUGGGCAAUCCGCAGGCAGCUAUGUUUAAGGUCGGUUUCUACAAGAAGCAUCCAACCAUACCCGAAGAGAUGUCCUCCUUUGCCAGGAAUUUUAUUCUGCGCUGCUUUGCCAUCAGCGUGCAGGACAGACCCUCUGCACUGCAGCUGCUCGACGAUCCUUUUCUCACAGACAGCAAACCACGAAAGCUGCGACCCGCUUUGCCGAUAAACACUUCGGAAUUUGGACGUAGCAUAUCCGUGCCCGCCGAUCGCUUAGUGCACAAAACAACGCCGCCAUUGACCUACAAUACUACAUCGAAUACACCCACCACACCAGAACUAGACGUCUCACUCGGCACCUCAUCGGUGGACAUGAAUGAGAUGACUGCCACGCAGAGUUUCAUAAUCGAACGGCGCAAUUCGUCCGGGUUUCUGCUAUCACCAGAGAUCGAGCCACAGACGCCGUCGCUGCGAACCAGCAUUUGCGAUACGAGCGAAUCGGAUGGAUUUUAUCGCUUGAAGAAGGACUCACAGAGACGCACAACUCUGUCCAAGGUGCUGGCACUGGACGAAUCGAAGAUCUGUGAGAUUUGGGAGAAGAAGAUCAAUGCGGAUCAGAACUCCAUUGCCAUACGCAAGAGCGAUCUGGAGAUGCUGAUACGCGGCCUGCGCGACUACAUUAUAAACGAGAACGAGAAGCAUCUGGAGGCGACCAUCAAUGAACUGAAACAGAAACUCGAUAACGAUGCCGUCGCGCUGGAUCAUUUGCAUUUGGCAUUAUACUCAUUUCAGGAUGCAGUUGUCUGUGCCCUGAGACUGCACUGCAUCAAGCCACACUGGAUGUUUGCGCUCGAUAAUCUGGUGAAGCGAGCCGUGCAGGCAGCUGUUACCAUAUUCUCACCCGAACUGGGCGCUAAUCUGGCGGAUAAGGACUUGUCCGGCAACGAUGAUGAGAGCGUUCACAAUGCUGGUGGUGCCCCGCACACAUCGAUUGAUAGCCAGGAGAAACAGCUGCAGCAGCAGCAGCACUCACUGGACAAGCUGCUGCCCGGCAGCGCAGUCAGCCCCGAUCAAAUCGAUGGCGUCGGCAGUUCCGUGGAGUGUGUCCGCAUCCUGCGCGACAUUCGCGACAAUCAGAAGCAGCUGCAGUUGCAGAUCAUGGAGCAGAAUCGACAGAGUCUGCGCGCAUUGCACAACAUCAGUCAGGAACUGGCCCAUAUUUAUAUGGGCGGUCGCAAGCGUUUGAGUUUCCAUUGCAGACGCACCUUUAACAACAACUUCAACAAGAAGUGCCAUAGAAUGAGCCCGAGCGGUGCCGGCAACACUGGCGCACGCCAAACCCAGAAUGCCAACACCCGCCGCCAAUUAAUCAAGCACAAUUUUGGUCUGCACGAGAUAGACGAGCAAUUGGAGCAGUGGCUAGCCCAGCAUGAUAUCGAUGAGUUCUCUAAGACGCUCAUACUGAAUGAAGGUUUUACAUUUGAGGAUUUCAUCUACAAUAUGGAGAAGUUGGAUCUAAUGCGCCUGGGCUUACGCGUUGGCAUUGAAGUGCGCUUGUGGAAGCUGAUCAUACAGGAACGUGUCUGCACCUCGGUCAGUGUGGACAGUACGGCGGAGGACACGUACCACAAGCCGGUCAACAAUAACAACAUCACAACAAAUGCAACGGAUGCAAACAUUAUUAGCCUGGCCAAAGGCAAAGUGAAGAAGAGCGAAAGCGAAUACGCCUCGUGCAGCGAAUGACUAAAAUGCCCCGUGAAUGAAGUGGAUUUAGCGUAGAGAUUGUUGUUGUUUUAACUGAUUUUGUUUAAUUGUAAAUUUUGUCAUUUUUUGUGCUACUACUAACCGAGUUGCAGUACCCUAGAUUUAAGCAGAAAGUUUUUUGAAAUGAACGCAUUGAAAUGAAUUUUACACAGGCGCAUAAUUAAUAUGUGUGCUACUGUGUGCAUUGUUUUUAGCUUUCAUCUGCAUGUUAAUUUAUAAAAUGGAAUUUAAGUGCCUUUAAAUCAAAACCUGAAUACAAUUGUGAAACGUUUUGCAUACAUUGAUAAAGUGUUUGAUGCAUAAUGAAGUGAGCUAACUAA